AUGGUUAAAUACAUUCUAGUCUGUGGAGGAGUUAUCUCCGGUAUCGGCAAGGGCGUAAUCGGUGCGUCCCAAUCGUCCAAACCCGAUAUGAGGGGGUCAACGUCAGUUCCAAGCUCACCUUUACUGCCUUCUCCACGCUCGGCCCACCGACCUCAUUCGACUAUUCACACGCCUGCUCCUCUAUCGCCUGUCACAUCACCUCGACGUACUCGACUCUCUUCUGUUUCAUCCACGAAUUUUCCAACUGUCUCGUCCUCCCCUCCUGCAUUGACCAACGAUUCGACGGCAUACGAUUCUUCCGAUGGCUUGUCAACGCCCAAUACCUUGUUCUCCAAACUGACUCAAUUACUGAACACUGAUUCUGUCAUGCUCAAACCCGCUUCACCCACCUCCAUGUCCUCCUCAUCCAUCUGGUCUUUCCUCACUGACUCUGAAUACGUUCAUCCAUUGCUCGCUCAACCGCCUGCAACCAAUUGCCAUUCAAUAGCCUCAAGUACUGGUCUGAUCCUCAAGACGGCCGGCCUCAAAGUCACCGCCAUCAAGAUUGACCCGUACAUGAAUAUUGAUGCUGGCACAAUGGCGCCAACUGAACACGGAGAAGUCUAUGUUUUAAACGACGGUGGAGAGACGGAUCUGGAUCUGGGCAACUACGAACGAUACUUGAACAUCAGUCUGAACAGAGAUAACAAUGUAACGACUGGAAAGGUGUAUCAGCACGUCAUUGAAAAGGAGCGACGAGGAGACUAUCUCGGCAAGACCGUGCAGAUCGUACCCCACCUCACGAAUGCUGUGCAAGAUUGGAUCGAGCGAGUUUCCAAGGUCCCCGUUGAUGAGACUGGUGAAGAGCCAGACGUUUGCGUCAUUGAGCUCGGAGGUACUGUUGGAGACAUUGAAUCCGCACCAUUCAUCGAGGCCAUGCGACAGUUCCAGUUCCGAGUUGGACACGACAAUUUUGCGCUCCUCUACGUUUCUCUGAUACCGGUCGUUGGAGGUGAACAGAAGACUAAGCCUACCCAGGCGGGUGUAAGAGAUCUGCGAGGACUGGGAUUGCUGCCGGAUUUGAUCGCAUGUCGUUGUGAACACCCUUUGUUGACCGCCACGAUGGAGAAAGUCUCCAUGUUCUGCCACGUCUCGCCUAAACAAGUCAUUGGCGUGCACAAUGUCUCAUCGACAUACCACGUCCCUUUGCUUCUUAAAGAUCAAGGAUUGCUCGACUUUCUGAGAAGACGAUUGAAUCUCGACGAAGUGGCCAUCCCCCCCGCCAUGAAGGCCAGUGGAGAUCACUUGAUGGGUAGAUGGAAGUCGCUCACUGUUGGACAAGAGCGACUCUUUGACUCUGUUUCCAUUGUCUUGGUCGGAAAAUACACUUCGCUUCAGGAUUCAUACAUGAGCGUCGUCAAGGCGUUGGAGCACGCUUCCAUGCGUUGCGACAGAAAAUUGAUCCUUCAUUGGGUCGAUUCGUCCGAUCUAGAGCCGGCUUCAGAAACCUCAGACCCUGUUCGUUACCACGACGCUUGGAGAGCACUCUGUUCAGCUAAGGGAAUCAUUGUACCUGGAGGCUUUGGUCACAGAGGUACUGAGGGCAUGGUUGCCGCUGUCCGAUGGGCACGUGAACAGAAAGUGCCGUUCCUUGGCAUCUGUCUCGGCUUCCAGAUGGCUGUGGUGGAAUGGGCGAGGAAUGUGUGCAACUUGGAGAAUGCGAACUCUGCCGAGCUCGACUCGUCAUCUCCUCAUCAGGUGAUCUGCUUUAUGCCUGAAAUCUCAAAGACACACAUGGGCGGAACGAUGCGGUUGGGAUUACGGCCGACAUUGUUCGAGCCGAAUACUGAGCAUACAAAACUUCGUCGGCUGUACGGAUCCAAGGACGUCGCUUGGGAGAGACAUCGUCACCGCUACGAGGUUGAGCCAAAGUACGUGGAAGAGCUAGAGGCCAAGGGCAGUCUGCGAUUCACUGGUCGAGACGAGCGAGGAGAGCGUAUGCAAAUGCUCGAAUUGGACGAUCACCCAUAUUUCGUGGCUUUGCAAGCUCAUCCUGAAUUCUGCUCUCGGCCUUUGAACCCGUCUCCACCUUUCCUUGGACUCGUCGCGGCUGCAUGUGGCGGAAGCGUGCUGGACGAGCAACUCGCCAUUAACGAAAAGGAAUACGUUGCGCCUCAUCCUGAAAGUGCAAAGGUCGUUCCCGCUUCUGAGGCUGUGACUGCUCCCGCGAAGGGCAGGAAACAGGCGAUCAAUGGUGUCAGGGUACAUGGUGAAGUUGAGGACGGGCAUCAGGAUUUGGAAGGGAUGGAGGAAACUCUGAGCAAGGUCAACCUCAAAGACAACCUGCCGAAUGGGAUAUCGCCAUUGGCGACGCACUGA